AGAGAAGGGAAAUAGAAAUAAAACCUGAGACGAGAGCGAGAUAAGGAGAGCCAAAACCCUUGCCGAAAAUUACUAACCCUAGAGAAUGGACAAAGAUAAACACGCAACCAAACGCUCCCGAGACCGCGACGGCCGGCAUCACCGUGACUCCGAUCACCACCACGACAGCCGCGAUUCCCACCGGCGAUCGGAUCAUAGAUCUUCCACAUCGCGCCGUGACGAGCGCGAGAGAUCUUUUGAGAGGGAAGGAUCGAGAGAUAGGAGGCAUCGCGAGGGUUCCUAUGAAGAAGUUGAAGCGAAGAGGAAGAGGAAAGAGAGGGAAGAGAGUGAGGAGAGGGGGGAGAAGAGGAGUAAACUUGGAGAAGAAAAUAGAAGAGAAAAGAGAGAGAGGAGGAGAUUUGGGGAUAAGGCUAAAGAAGAUGAUGAAAUUGAGUUCUCCAAUGGCGCCAAUGGUGGUGAUCCAGUUCAAAAUGGUGCUGCUCAGGCAUCAUUACCGAAGACUGGUCACCCCCUUCCUACCAAGGUAUCUUCGAUUUCUACUGCUGAAAAUAAAGCAUAUAGUGUUACCGGAUCUCAUGAGGUUACUGGAUCUAGUACAGAUGGCUCUUCUUCUACUGGGAAAAGUGGUGCAAACCUCUCUCUUGAUGCCUUAGCCAAAGCGAAAAAGGCUUUACAAAUGCAGAAAGAAUUAGCUGAGAAACUGAAGAAGAUACCCUCAUUGAACAAAGGCCCUAGCUCGAGUUCAGUAGUGACUACUGGAGCAGUUCAACGACCAGUCUCAACUGUGGCUACAUCUGUUGCCACUGGACCAUCAAGCUCAUCAGUUCCCCCUGCCUCUGCAGCAGUAGCUUCUGUGAAGCCACCUACUACUGGCAUGCCUGCUGUUCCGGGCCUUGAGUCAAUACCCAAUUUAGAAGCUGUUAAACGUGCUCAAGAGCUGGCUGCUAAGAUGGGAUUCCGCCAGGACCCUCAGUUUGCUCCUCUAAUAAACUUGUUUCCCGGACAGGUGCAAGUAGAUGUUCCAGUUGCGCAGAAACCUACGAAGGCACCUCUUCUCCGUGUUGAUGCACUCGGUAGAGAAAUUGAUGAGCACGGUAAUAUCAUAAAUGUGACUAAACCAAGUAAUCUUAGCACCCUCAAGGUCAACAUUAACAAGCAAAAGAAAGAUGCAUUCCAGAUCCUUAAACCUGAACUGGAGGUGGAUCCAGAAUCAAAUCCACAUUUUGAUGCACGGAUGGGAAUCGAUAAGAACAAGCUUCUUAGACCAAAAAGGAUGACUUUUCAGUUUGUAGAGGAAGGGAAAUGGUCAAAAGAUGCAGAGGUCAUCAAAUUGAAGAGUCAAUUUGGAGAAGCAAAAGCGAAAGAGCUAAAAGCAAAGCAAGCACAAUUGGCAAAGGCAAAGGCUGAUAUAAAUCCAAAUUUAAUUGAGGUGUCGGAAAGAAUUAUAACAAAGGAGAAACCAAAAGACCCAAUUCCUGAAAUAGAGUGGUGGGAUUUACCUAUUCUGGUUUCGGGUUCCUACGAUGAUAUCCCUGAUGGUGUGCUUUGUGAAGAUAAACUGAAGAAGGAGAAAAUCACAAUAUAUGUUGAACAUCCUCGUCCGAUUGAGCCUCCUGCUGAGCCAGCUCCCCCACCACCUCAGCCCCUGAAGCUAACCAAGAAGGAGCAGAAGAAACUUCGGACUCAGCGACGUCUGGCCCGGGAGAAGGAUAAACAGGAGAUGAUUAGACAAGGCUUGAUAGAACCUCCAAAGCCAAAAGUUAAGUUGAGCAAUUUAAUGAAAGUUUUAGGCUCCGAAGCUACCCAAGAUCCUACUAAGCUUGAAAUGGAAAUCCGAAGUGCUGCUGCUGAGCGGGAGCAAGCUCAUGUCGACAGGAACAUUGCUCGCAAGCUUACUCCUGCUGAGCGCCGUGAAAAGAAAGAGAGAAAGCUUUUUGAUGAUCCAAAUACGGUGGAGACUAUUGUUUCGGUUUACAGGAUCAAUGACCUCUCUGAUCCCAAGACCCGCUUCAAAGUCGAUGUUAAUGCCCAAGAAAACCGGUUGACUGGUUGUGCUGUGAUUUCCGAGGGCAUUACUGUUGUAGUAGUGGAAGGUGGAAGCAAAUCCAUUAAGAGGUAUGGGAAGCUUAUGCUUCGGCGAAUCAACUGGGCUGAAGCUGUAAAAGAUGACAAGGACGGAGAUGAAGAUGAAGACGAAGAGAAACCACCUAACAAGUGUGUGCUGGUUUGGCAAGGUAGCGUUGCGAAAUCAAGUUUCAACAGGUUCUCGGUUCACGAGUGCAUCACCGAAGCAGCCGCGAAAAAGGUAUUUGCUGAUGCAAGAGUUGCCCAUUACUGGGACCUUGCGGUUAAUUUCUCUGAGAAUGAUUUUUGAUUUAUUGAAAAGCUUCAAGGAAAACAGCUAGACUUAACUACUUCCUCCGAGCCUUUUGGUUCGGUUGUGUUCAUUGCGAAAUACUUUUUAUCGAGGUCUGUUUGUUGAAUGAUUGGAUUCAGCCCGAAUUUGAGCAUCGUAUUAUCAACAGCUGCUUAGACCAAAGUUCAAUCUGAAAUAUGAAUAAGAAAUUUCGCUUGAAUCCGAUA